CGUGAUGCCAGUUUUUCAAAAGUCUCAAGAAGUGAUCCUAGCAAUUACAGGCUGGCAUACUUCCGACAGGGCGUUGCCCUUCAGUACCUUGGACGCCAUGCGGACGCACUGGCAGCAUUUGCAUCUGGGCUGGCUCAGGAUCCCAAGAGUCUGCAGCUGCUUGUUGGAAUGGUGGAAGCUGCCAUGAAAUCCCCCAUGCGAGAGUCACUCGAGCCAACCUAUCAGCAACUUCAGAAGAUGAAGCUGGACAAGAGCCCCUUUGUGGUGGUAUCAGUGAUUGGCCAGGAGCUCCUCACUGCAGGCCACCACGGAGCCUCUGUGGUUGUGUUAGAAGCUGCCCUGAAGAUCGGCACUUGCAGCCUGAAGCUGAGGGGAUCUGUGUUCUCUGCGCUGAGCAGUGCUUACUGGUCUCUUGGGAACACAGAGAAAAGCACAGGGUAUAUGCAGCAGGACCUGGAUGUAGCCAAGACAUUAGGUGACCAGACAGGAGAAUGCCCAGCUCAUGGGAAUCUGGGCGGGAGUGUGAAGCUAUAUCGGGAGGCCCUGACUAACCACAGACAUCAGCUGGUGCUCGCCAUGAAACUCAAGGACAGAGAGGCAGCGUCCUCCGCCCUGAGCAGCCUGGGCCAUGUGUACACAGCCAUUGGCGACUACCCCAAUGCCCUGGCCAGUCACAAGCAGUGUGUGCUCCUUGCGAAACAGUCCAAAGAAGAGCUCUCGGAGGCCCGCGAGCUGGGCAACAUGGGGGCAGUGUACAUCGCCAUGGGGGACUUUGAGAAUGCUGUGCAGUGCCACGAGCAGCACCUGAAGAUUGCCAAGGAGCUGGGGAACAAGCGGGAGGAGGCGCGAGCCUAUAGCAACCUGGGCAGUGCCCACCACUACCGGAGGAACUUCGACAAGGCCAUGUCCUACCACAAUUACGUGCUGGAGCUGGCCCAGGAGUUGGCUGAGAAGGCCAUUGAGAUGCGGGCCUAUGCUGGCCUGGGCCAUGCUGCCAGGUGUAUGCAAGACUUGGAGAGGGCCAAACAGUACCAUGAAGAACAGCUGGGCAUAGCUGAGAGCCUGCAGGACCGAGCUGCUGAGGGCAGAGCCUCCUCCAAUCUAGGGAUCAUUCACCAGAUGAAAGGCGACUAUGACUCUGCCCUGAAGCUCCACAAAACUCACUUGUGCAUUGCGCAGGAGCUGAAUGACUAUGGUGCUCAGGGCAGGGCCUAUGGCAACAUGGGCAAUGCCUACAACGCCCUUGGCAUGUAUUUUCAGGCUGUGAAAUACCACCGGCAGGAGCUGCAGAUUUCGAUGGAAGUGAAUGAUCGGGCCUCGCAGGCAUCCACCCAUGGGAACUUAGCAGUGGCCUACCAGGCAUUAGGUGCCCAUGACCGGGCACUGCAGCACUACCAAAACCACCUCAACAUCGCCCGGGAGCUGCGGGACAUACAGAGUGAAGCUCGGGCCCUCAGUAACCUGGGGAACUUCCAUUGCUCACGAGGAGAGUAUGUGCAGGCAGCCCCUUACUAUGAGCAAUACCUGCGCCUGUCCCCAGAGCUGCAGGACAUGGAGGGGGAGGGGAAAGUGUGCCACAACCUUGGCUAUGCCCAUUACUGCCUGGGGAACUAUGAGGAGGCUGUAAAGUACUACGAGCAGGAUCUGGCCUUAGCAAAGGACCUGCAUGACAAGCUGAGCCAAGCCAAGGCCUACUGCAACCUGGGCCUGGCGUUCAAGGCCCUAAUGGACUUCAGCAAAGCCGAGGAGUGCCAGAAGUACCUGCUGUCUCUGGCCCAGUCUCUGAACAACUCCCAAGCCAAAUUCCGGGCACUCGGGAACCUGGGAGAUAUUUUUAUAUGUAAAAAAGAUGUCAGUGGUGCAAUAAAAUUCUAUGAGCAGCAGCUGAGCUUAGCCCAUCAUGUCAAAGACAGGAGAUUGGAGGCCAGCGCCUAUGCAGCCUUGGGCUCUGGGUACAGGAUGAUACAGAAAUACGACAAGGCCCUAGGGUACCAUACACAGGAACUGGAGGUUUACCAGGAGCUAGGGGAUCUGCCGGGUGAAUGCAGAGCCCAUGGCCACCUUGCUGCAGUCUACAUGUCCCUUGGGAAAUACACCAUGGCAUUCAAGAGUUACGAAGAGCAGCUGGAACUUGGACAGAAGCUAAAGGACCCCAGUAUAGAGGCCCAAGUCUACGGCAAUAUGGGCAUCACCAAGAUCAACAUGAAUGUCAUGGAGGAAGCUAUUGGGUACUUCGAGCAGCAGCUUGCCAUGCUGCAGCAGCUGAGUGGAAAUGAAGCUGUCCUGGACAGAGGCCGAGCCUACGGAAACCUGGGCGAUUGUUACGAGGCUCUAGGAGAUUACGAAGAAGCCAUCAAGUAUUAUGAGCAGUACUUGUCUGUUGCUCAGAGCUUAAAUCGCAUGCACGACCAGGCGAAGGCCUAUCGGGGCCUGGGAAACGGGCACAGGGCAAUGGGAAGUUUGCAGCAGGCUCUGGUCUGCUUUGAGAAGCGGCUCGUGGUGGCCCAUGAGCUUGGGGAGGCGUUCAACAAAGCCCAGGCCUAUGGGGAGCUGGGGAGUCUGCACAGCCAAUUAGGAAAUUACGAGCAAGCCAUCUCCUGCGAAAUGAAAGACCAGGCUCUGGAGAGCGAUGCCGCCUGUGGGCUGGGGGGAGUCUAUCAGCAAAUGGGUGAGUACGACACCGCACUGCAGUACCACCAGCUGGACCUGCAGAUUGCAGAGGAGACCAACAAUCCCACCCACCAGGGCAGAGCGUAUGGGAACCUGGGACUAACGUAUGAGUCACUGGGCACCUACGAGAGGGCAGUGGUUUAUCAGGAGCAACAUCUCAGCAUUGCAGCUCAAAUGAAUGACUUGGUGGCCAAAACCAUGUCCUACAGCAGCCUCGGGAGGACGCACCAUGCCCUGCAGAACUACUCUCAGGCUGUGAUGUACUUGCAGGAAGGACUGAGACUGGCAGAACAACUGGGACGUAGAGAAGAUGAAGCCAAAAUCCGCCAUGGCCUAGGCCUGUCCCUCUGGGCUAGUGGGAAUCUGGAGGAGGCCCAGCACCAGCUCUACAGGGCAUCAGCGCUGUUUGAAACCAUUCGUCACGAGGUGCAGCUCAGCACAGACUACAAGCUGUCGCUCUUUGACCUGCAGACAUCAUCAUACCAGGCCCUGCAGCGAGUGCUCGUCAGCCUUGGUCACCAUGACGAAGCCCUGGCGGUAGCAGAAAGAGGGCGAACGAGAGCCUUCGCCGACUUGCUGGUGGAACGUCAGACUGGACAGCAGGACUCUGACCCCUAUUCUCCCAUCACCAUCGACCAGGUGCUGGAGACGGUGAAUGGCCAGAGGGGACUUGUUCUGUACUACUCAUUGGCUGCUGGCUACCUGUACAGCUGGUUACUUGCUCCUGGGGCAGGAAUUCUGAAAUUUCAUGAAUACUACCUGGGCGAUGGCAUGGCAGAGAAUGCCGGGGACAUCCAUGAAGCAAGCAGCGUGGCCUUCCAAACAGUGACUAAUUCUGCUCUGGAUCUCUACAUCUCAAGUGUGCGAGAAGCACUGGGCGUGGACUCCUACUACACCCGAGCCUGCGCCAGCAGCGAGACAGAGAGUGAAGCUGGGGACAUCAUGGACCAGCAGUUUGAGGAGAUGAAUAAUAAGCUGAACGGCACAGAGCUCCAGGAGACUGCAGUUAACCUCUCCCUCUUGUCUGUCCACAGGUGCUGUCAGAGCAUGAGCAGCCUGGCCAGCAGCACCAUGUGCCCUGUGCAGGCUGGAGCAGCCUCUCUUCCCAGGAGGCAAAGCAUGUUGGCCAAAGCCCCACUACGCGCGCUCUAUGACCUGCUGAUUGGUCCCAUGGAAGGGGGUCUAAUGCAUUCCAGUGGUCCAGUCGGCCGCCAUCGCCAGCUGAUACUAGUUCUAGAGGGAGAACUGUACCUUAUCCCCUUUGCUCUCCUGAAAGGAAGCUCCUCGAAUGAGUACCUCUAUGAGCGCUUCAGCCUCAUUGCAGUCCCAUCCAUCCAGUCGCUGAACCCCAACUCCAAGUCCCUUUUGAGGAAGAAUGCUCCUGCUAACUCCAGUUCUACUUCAAUGGCAGCUGUCAUAGGAAAUCCCAAACUCCCUGCUGCAGUAAUGGACAGAUGGCUUUGGGGACCUAUGCCCUCUGCAGAAGAAGAGGUCUAUAUGGUUUCUGAAUUACUUGGCUGCCAACCUCUGGUUGGCAAUGUGGCAACAAAAGAGAGAGUCAUGAGCGCACUAACUCAGGCAGAGUGUGUCCAUUUUGCAACCCAUGUGUCCUGGAAGCUGGCGGCAUUGGUCCUAACGCCCAAUGCUGAUAGCACCCCAGCCAGUAGCAAGAGCUCCUUCGGGAAUCCCUACACAAUUCCAGAAUCCCUCCGGAUGCAGGAUGAUGCCAGUGACGUGGAGAGUAUCUCAGAUUGCCCUCCUCUCCAGGAGUUCCUGCUCACAGCAGCUGACAUUCUGGAUCUGCGGCUUCCUGUCAAAUUAGUAGUUCUUGGCUCCUACCAAGAGUCCAGCAACAAAGUCACUGCUGAUGGGGUUGUUGGCUUGACUCGGGCAUUCCUAGCUGCUGGGGCUCAGUGUGUCCUGGUGUCACUCUGGCCUGUUCCUGUGGCUGCUUCCAAAAUGUUUGUGCAUGCCUUCUACGCCUCCCUCCUGAACGGAAUGAAAGCCAGCGCAGCCCUGGGCGAGGCCAUGAAAACCGUGCAGAGCAGCAAGCAGUUCUCCCAUCCAUCCAACUUUGCAGGCUUCAUGCUUAUAGGGAGUGAUGUGAAGCUUAACAGCCCUUCCUCGCUAAUUGGACAGGCCCUGACAGAGAUUCUGCAGCAUCCGGAUAGAGCACGAGAUGCCCUGCGAGUCUUAUUACACCUGGUGGAGAAGUCACUGCAGCGAAUCCAGAAUGGGCAGCACAAUUCCAUGUACACCUCUCAGCAGAGUGUGGAGAAUAAAGUUGGCGGUAUUCCAGGCUGGCAAGCGCUACUCACUGCUGUGGGGUUUCGACUUGACCCUCCCGCUAGUGGUCUUCCAGCUGCAGUGUUCUUCCCAACCGCCGACCCCCCCCAGUCCCUUCUUGGUUUGCCUAACCCAGCACUUCAGGCACUUUGCAAACUUAUCACUGCUUCAGAGACGGGAGAACAGCUUAUUAACCGGGCUGUUAAAAAUAUGGUGGGAAUGCUACAUCAGGUCUUGGUUCAACUCCAAGCAGGAGAAAAGGAGCAGGAUUUCCCCGCUGCACCGAUCCAGGUCUCCAUCAGUGUGCAGCUUUGGAGGCUGCCUGGCUGCCAUGAGUUUCUGGCAGCCUUAGGCUUUGACCUUUGUGAAGUUGGGCAGGAGGAGGUGAUACUGAAAACUGGGAAACAAGCUAAUAGGAGGACCAUGCAAUUUGCUCUCCAGUCCCUACUGGCACUUUUUGAUUCUACAGAGCUGCCCAAACGUCUGAGCUUGGACAGUUCCUCGUCACUGGAAUCACUGGCUUCUGCUCAGUCCAUUUCCAACCCACUACCUCUGAGCUUCCAGAACCCUCCUUUCUCUCCCACCUGUCCCGACAGCAUUGCCUCGGAUGCCAUUUCUGUGUACAGCCUGAGCUCUAUUGCUUCAUCCAUGAGUUUUGUUUCCAAGCCGGAGAGCACAGCAGAAGGUGGAGGGCACAGAGUGCGACAGGACUACGAAAGGCCUAAGAAUGUCUAUCUGCAAAGGCCCUCUCUGCCACGGAGCCAGCUGUCUCCACAGACAAGUGACGCGGCCAACAAAGACAAUGAAGAAUAUGAAGGAUUUUCUAUAAUCAGCAGUGAGCCUAUGACAACCUAUCAAGACAAUAUAAAAGCAGGAUUUUCCCCUGACCAUAAACAAUCCAAAGCUGGUCAAUCUGGAGGGAUCAAAAUGUCUGUCAGUUCCAAAGGGAGCAUAAGUACCCCAAACUCCCCUGUUAAAAUGACUCUAAUUCCCAGUCCAAACUCACCUUUCCAAAAAGUUGGAAAGCUUGCAAGUUCUGAUACAGGAGAAUCUGACCAGUCUAGCACUGAAACCGACAGCACUGUCAAAUCCCAGGAGGAGAACAAUCCAAAGCUCAAUCCCCAAGAGUUGGCUCAGAAAAUUUUGGAGGAGACUCAAAGUCACCUUAUUGCUGUUGAACGUCUUCAAAGAAGUGGCAGUCAGAUGAGCAAGAACAACUCGGAAGAUGGAGACUCUGCAGCAGCUGGUGCAUCUGUGUUCAGAUCCUCAGAGACCAGCGCAUUCAGUAGGCCAAUGAGCUCUAGUCAGAGGAGCCAUAAUUCACCAGUUACAACUAAACCAAAGCCUCCAACAAGGAGCUCAUCCCUUCAGAAGGUGAGUUCUGGAUAUAAUAGCCCCACAAUAUCAGAGAUCUCCAACAAAGAGGGCACAAGCCCACACAGUGGGCAGCCUUCUCCAAGUUCUGACUCUCAUGGCUUGUUAACAGAACACGCUCACUUUAAACUCAAGUACCCUAGCUCUCCGUACAGCUCUCAUAUUUCUAAAUCUCCAAGAAAUGUCUCCCCAUGCUCAGGGCAUCAGUCUCCCGUGGGCAGCACGCCCUCUCCUGCUCUCUCCUACUCCUCAGCUGGUUCUGCUCGCUCCAGCCCCGCUGAUGCCCCAGAUCUAGACAAAUUAAAAAUGGCUGCCAUCGAUGAAAAGGUGCAGGCCAUCCACAACCUGAAAAUGUUUUGGCAGAGUACUCCCCAACAUUCCACAGGCCCCAUGAAGAUUUUCCGAGGUGCUCCUGGAACAAUGACUUCUAAGAGAGAUGUUCUCAGCUUGCUAAACUUAUCUCCUCGGCACAGCAAAGACGAAAAUACAGACAAGUUGGAACUUAAGGAGUUGUCUCAUCAGCAGCACCUUGCUUCUCCACAAAAGAAUCCUCCAAAUGGACACAGGCACCCUGAAGCUACCAACGUAGUGACUUCACCCCAUUCUCCAUCUUCCAAUAGCACUCCGGGAACAGUACGCCCCUUGAGGCUGCCCUCUGGAAAUGGCUACAAAUUUUUGUCACCAGGGAGAUUUUUCCCUUCCUCCAAAUGUUGAAAUGUCUUUUAUACAAGCUAAUUCAACUUGCAGUCACAGGAAGAUUCUUGGUAAUUUCUUCUACCCACUUGCCUUGAUCAAUAUAAAGCCACAGGAAGCCAUGGUCACACCCAUGAUGAGCAGCACAGUCAUGAGACAAAUAACCGGGCACGGUGCUUUACAGUGUAUGACAAGGGCCUUAUGCAAAUAGGUUUCAGUUCCUCUUGUCAGUACUUUGGCCAGACGCAACUAAUGACAGUUUUCUGCAGUGGUCAGACCUAAUUCUGUGCAGCAGCAAGUCCAGUUAGUCCACGUGUUUGAUAACAAAAUGUCAGCCUUGAAACCACUUACGUGUAUUUCUUACCCUGAAAGGAUGUUUACAGUUGGGAUUUUUAUACAGAAUUUAUAUAUAUCCUGGGACUGGGGAAGGAGGCAAGACGAGGCAAAGCUUCCAUUUUAUGCCACAAGGAUAAUGCACAUAAUGUUCUGUCCAGAGAAAUACAAGCCAUUGCUUUUAAGCUUCUGGGACUGCACACAGGGAGUAGUAACAAUGGAACUGUAGGAACAAUGGAACAAUUGCUCUUAGCCAAACACAGACAUAUAUGAGAAAAUGCUGGUAAUGGACAGCUCCUUGGCAAUAUUGUAUUGAUGAUUACCUCACAUCCUUCUGAUGCUGUGUUGGUGACAUGCUGAUAAGAUAGAAGCCACUUUUUCUGAAGAAAUACCUUUUAGGUUGAAAUUUCCAUGGAUUGGUGUGAGCCCAAGAGAACAUUUUGAUAAAUAAUGAAGAAAAUCCCUUAUCUGAGUAGCAGGAGAAUGACACAUACAAGUUCUGGUUUUAUAAAGUGAUAACUUCAUUGCUCAUAAUUUUACUAGGGUAAGAUUUUUGUAUCAGCAGGUAACUGGUCAGCACAGAACUUUUCUGUUUACCUCUGCAAAUGUGAGGGAUACACAGUGAAUAUGAGAAAGGGGUUUGCAGUGUGCUGCCUCUCAGCAUGCAGACAUUUCACAGAUGUGUCAUCUGGUGAUGAUGUGUUCAAGGAGCUCUCUCCUCUAUUACUGCUAGACCUUGCCAAGCCUCCUCCCAGGGAGAAGCCCACAAUCUCUUUGCCCAUUAUCUUGCUUUCAGGGCCAAUAUAUGCAAAUUAAACAGGUCUGUGUGAUUGUGCAAACAGACCACACUUGGGAUGGAAAGUGCAAACUGUACAUUAAAAUCUAUGCAUCUGUGUCUGUUAACCUCUUCUUCCUGGGCCAAGUGGGAAAGCCAGGAGCA